AUGGCUCCUCGACCGGGCAAAGAACCAGCCAAUGACUGGACACACUUUCAACAAUUCUUGGAAGACUUCCAAGAAAACUUUCAUGAUGAAAUCCGUAGAACAUUGGCUGAGUCAAUUCAGGCCGGAGUUCAAGCCGGAGUUCAGGCUGCGCUAACGGCGAACGCAGCAAACGCGGUAAACGCACCAAUCGCACACCCACCGCAACGACAACAUCACAACCACAAUCUUGUUUUCGAGGAACAUGAAGACGACGACGUAGACAAUCCUUUCGGGGAUCAACUUCUUCAUCAACAGUAUCAUCGACAACACCAUCAUGACAACGCUCCUCGAUGGACUUCGGGUUUAAAAAUUGAUAUCCCUGAGUUUCACGGAGGAUCGCAACCAGAGGAUUUACUCGACUGGUUUGUGGCUGUCGACGAAUUCAUUGAAUUCAAGGAAGUCCCAGAACAUAAGAGGGUGCCUCUUGUCACAACUCGCUUUCGCGGACAUGCAGCCGCGUGGUGGAGUCAACUGAAACUAUCCCGUACUCGACGUGGAAAAGAGAAGAUCUCAUCUUGGGAGAAAUUAAAAAAGUAUAUGCGCAAGACAUUCAUCCCUUUCAACUUUGAGCGUCUUCUAUUUCAAAAAUUUCACAAUAUCCGUCAAGGCUCUCGUUCCGUUGAAGACUAUUCGAAUGAAUUCUACCAGAUACUCACUCGGGUAGAUAUUCAAGACUCGGAAGACCAACUGGUGGCACGAUAUAUUGCAGGGCUGCGAACUCAACUUCAGACGGUGCUUCAUCAAUUUGAUCCAAGUUCAGUAUCUGAAGCAAGACAACGAGCACUCCUGGUAGAGCAGCAAAAUCGCUACACCGCCAAUCAAUGGAACAACAACUCAAAACCACACAGUUCAGCGACUUCAAAUGACGAAACAAAACCGUCAUCAGGUCGUGAUACUACAUAUAACACGCGGAACAAUCCUCGCGCAACGGCCAAUAUCACUACAAACGUCGACGCCAGACCGUCCCGACCAAACGCCCUACGCUGUUUCACUUGUGGGGAAAGAGGUCAUAUUCAAACUGCUUGCCCAACUCUUGGUCGUCAUGGUCUGCUCGCCUCAGAUAAGGAAAUCAACGGAUACCCCAUCUAUGAUGACGAGGACGAGAAACUAGAGGAGCUCGACGAAGAACAGGUCGCAUGGGACACCGGGACAAUGCUCAUGCUACGUCGUAAUUGCUUUGCUCCAAAGACAAGUGAAGCAUGGCAACAAACGUCAUUGUUCAGCUCAACGUGUACGGUCAAAGGGAAAGUAUGUCGUUUUGUGGUCGACUCAGGUUGCUCUGCUAACGUCGUCUCUGAGGAAGCAGUGCGCAAACUAGCACUUACUGCGGAAGCCCACCCACACCCCUACCGCCUCUUAUGGAUGCAGACAGGAGCUGAAGUCUUCGUUUCCCAACGAACCCCAGGUCGGAAGAUCACGCUGCUUCCCUCACCUGAAAAGGACCUCACGACUUGCGCCAACCAGCAACAAACGGAACCCAAGCAGAACCUUUUGAUUAUUUCGAGAGCACAGUUUGAACUCGAGCUGCGGGCUUCACGUCCCAUUUUUGCUUUGGUCGCUACGUCUCCAGCUACAUUACAACAACAAUCAACGCCAUCAACAUUUUUGCCGUUAUUACAAGAGUUUAAUGAUCUUUUUCCGGACGACCUCCCAGCUGGUUUGCCUCCUCUUCGUGAUAUACAACAUCAAAUCGAUCUUGUACCCAACGCAGUUUUACCAAAUCGGGCACAUUAUCGAAUGAGCCCUGAGGAACACGAAGAACUUCGUCGACAAGUAGAGGAUUUACUUCUCAAAGGCUAUGUACGGGAAAGCUUAAGCCCAUGUGACGUUCCAGCCUUAUUGAUAAAGAAGAAAGAUCGUUCGUGGCGCAUGUGCGUAGACAGCAGAGCUAUCAACAAAAUCACAACUCGGUACAGGUUUUCUAUCCCGCGACUUGAUGACUUACUGGAUCAGAUCGGUAAAGCAUCAAUUUUUACGAAACUUGACCUUAAAAGCGGGUAUCAUCAAAUUCGUAUCCGUCCUGGGGAUGAAUGGAAAAUGGCUUUUAAGACUCGGGAAGGAUUGUUUGAAUGGUUAGUAAUGUCGUUUGGGUUAUCAAACGCACCAAGUACCUUCAUGCGUGUCAUGAAUCAGGCCCUUCGACCGUUCAUCGGGAGGUUUGUGGUUGUCUAUUUCGAUGACAUUCUGAUUUUUAGUACCACGUUGGAGGACCACUUGAUACAUCUUUGA